AUGAGCCAGCGACAAGUUUUGCUCGUUUUCGAGCAGUAUCAGAAAGCGCGGACCGAGUUUGUCCAAACUGUGGCCGAAUUAUCAACUCGACCACAGAAUAUUGAGACGCUCCAGGCCACUGGUGUUAUGCAGCUUCUGCGACCACUUCUUCUCGACGUUGUUCCCACCGUCCAGCAGACAGCUGCUCUCGCCCUUGGCCGACUCGCCAACUACAACGAUGACUUGGCCGAGGCCGUCGUCAAAUCGGACAUUCUCCCGCAGCUCGUGUACUCGCUCGCCGAGCAGAACCGCUUCUACAAGAAGGCCGCCGCGUUUGUUCUCCGCGCUGUUGCCAAACACUCCCCCCAGCUUGCCCAGACUGUUGUUGACUGCGGUGCACUUGAUGCCCUGGUCAUUUGCCUCGAAGAAUUCGAUCCCGGUGUGAAAGAAGCCGCCGCCUGGGCCCUUGGAUACAUCGCCCGCCACAACGAUGAGCUUGCUCAGGCUGUUGUUGAUGCUGGAGCAGUGCCCCUCCUCGUCCUCUGCAUCCAAGAGCCAGAAUUGAGCUUGAAGCGCAUCGCCGCAUCUGCUCUCUCCGACAUCUGCAAACACUCCCCCGAGCUCGCUCAGACCGUUGUGGAUGCUGGUGCUAUUGCUCAUCUUGCUCAGAUGAUCCUCAACCCAGACUCGAAGCUCAAGCGACAGGUUCUCUCCGCUUUCGCGCAGAUUUCCAAGCACUCUGUUGAGCUCGCCGAGCUCGUCGUCGAGGCGGAGAUCUUCCCCGCUGUCCUCACUUGCUUGAAGGAUAGCCACGAAGUUGUGAUCAAAAACACCGCCACUUUGAUCCGAGAGAUCGCCAAGCACACUCCCGAGCUCUGCCAGCUCAUCAUGAACGCUGGUGGUGUUGCCGCUGUCGUUGACUACAUUGGCGACACUAAAGGAAACGUCCGACUUCCAGGAAUUAUGAUGCUUGGAUACGUCGCCGCUCACUCCGAAACCCUCGCUAUGGCAGUCAUCGUCUCCAAGGGUGUUAACCAGUUGGCCAUCAUCCUUUCCGAUGAGCAAGAAGACCACAUCAAGGCCGCCACCGUCUGGGCCUUGGGACAGAUUGGCCGACACACGCCCGAGCACGCUAAGGCCAUUGCUGUGUCCAACGUAUUACCAAAAUUGCUUCAAUCGUACAUUUCCCCGGAUAGCAGUGAAGAUUUGCAAACAAAGAGCAAAAAGGCAUUGAAAAAUAUUCUACAAAAAUGUGUGUACUUGCCCGCCCUCGAACCUCUCCUCCAGGAAGCUCCUCCAAAUAUACUCAAGCACGUUGUUGCCCAGUAUAGCAAGGUUCUCCCCAACGAUCCAUCAGCCCGAAGAAUGUUCGUUACUUCUGGUGGCUUGAAAAAGAUUCAAGAGAUUCGAGCUGAGCCAGGCAGCGCCCUCCAGGAGCAUAUUCAAGAAAUCAACAAGUGCUUCCCCGAAGAAAUCGUGCGUUACUACUCGCCCGGAUACUCGGAAGCCCUCCUCCAACGCGUCGAAGGCUUCAAACCAUCAACGGAGAUGCAGACAAGCUAA